AUGGCAAUAAACGUAGGUUCUACUUCAACAGAUCUAAACAGCAAUCGUGAAUGCGUAACAUUCGUAUGGCUUGAUCUUCGACGAGAAUCGGCAGGAUUAUUUGUCAAUGCACUUCGUUCUAUCAAUGAUUGUGUACGAACUUAUACGGAUAUAUCCGUUUGUUUAGAUUCAAUUCAAAGUUCUCAUGAAACGAUUUUUUUCAUUUCAUCAACGAGUAAUACAGAAUUUUUAUCUACAAUACAUCAAUGCAUAAAUGUUGAAGCAAUGUUUGUACUUGAUCCUAAUAUGAAUACCACUCGAGGAGAUUUGCCGAAAUUAUUCGGUAUUUUUAAUCAACAGGAGGAACUUCUUCGAGUUCUCAAAGAAACAUUCGAUACAUUCGAACAAACUCAACUUGAAAGAUUUACUUUCGAAACCGAUCAAAGCUUUCUAUGGUGGCAACUAUGGAAAGAAGUUAUAACAAGUAAAAAACCAGCACCAACUGGUAAAAAUGAUUUGGUUGAACAAGCUCGAAAUUAUUAUCAUGGAAAUUCAAAAGGAUUGAGAGCAGUCGAUGAAUUUGAUCGAUCAUAUCGGCCGAAUGACUCACUUCAAUGGUGUUUUCGUUCAUCCUUUCCAUCAAAUCAUUUGCGACAUGCACUUUUCUCACCUAAAAUUGAUUCAGUCUCGCCUUAUUAUUUUCUUAUCAAUGAUGCGAUUCGUUCCAUACAACAACAACAUUCGAAACAUUCGGGUCAUGGACAACUUUUUCGAGGAAUGAAGUUAUCAAAUGAAUUAGUAGAUUUGUUCGAAACACAUACAGGUCAAUUAGUUUGUGCCAAUGGAUUUUUUCUAUGUAGCAAAGCAAGAAAUGUUGAAUUACAAAUAGCAGCAUUACCAGGUUACCGAACAGAUCUUAUGUCGGUAUUAUUUAAAAUUGAUUUUGAUGCAGCAGCUCAUUUUGCUGAAGUUCAGAUGGAAAAUGGUUCAAUGGCGACUAUUUUCGAUGUAGCUACAAGUUUUCGAGUGAUAUGUGUCAGCCGUAGUGCGAUAACGGUCAUCAAAUUGAAAACUACUUCUGAUGAUGGAAAAAAAUUUGUACAAGAAUAUAGAGAAAAAAAUAAGGGAAAGACAGUACAAGUAUUAUUUGAUGAAUUAACAAAACCACCAACACCACCAAAGCCACCGACGCCACCACCACCACUCAAAGUUGAAAUUAAAAAAGAACCAGAACGAAAUAACAGUCCACAAAUACCUGAAGAAGAGUUGGAAGCAAAUAAAUAUUUGAAAGAGGGAAAUAUUGAUGAAGCUAUUAAGGCUUAUCGACGAAUUCGACCAAUGACUGUAAGGAUUCUUAAAAUCAUCGGUAAGCUAUCAGUCGAUUAUAAGCAAGAUUAUCAUACUGGAAUCGAAUGUUAUCGACAAGCAUUUCAAAUGCAACAAAAGGCAGGUGCAAGCGGUACUGAUACUCUUGUAGAACUCGGAGUUUUGCACUAUGAACGUGGUCACUUUGAUUUAGCAAUGAAGUGCUAUACUCGUGCCUUAUCAUUGCACGAAUCGACUCAACCACAUGAUGUGAACUCAAUGAUGAUCUGUUUAAUUGGUAUUGCAAAUACUCAUCGAAGUCGAAAAGAACUGAAUGAAGCUCUCGAUUAUGCACAACGAGCACGGGCAUUAUACGAAAAAUCUGGUACAUCGGAAAGUGAAAGUAUUGUGGCGCAAAAUUUAGUCUUGUUAACAAAUAUUCAUCAUGAACUUGGGAAUAAUGAUCAAGCAUUGAAAGUGGGUACAAAAGCUUUAACACUUUCCGAAUUUACUCAUUUAUCAAAUCAAUCGCAGACUGUUGAGUUAUUGAAUACAUUGGGCUUGGUAGAAAUGAAAUUAGGUGAUUUGUCUCAAGCACGUUAUUAUUUUGAACGUGCAUUGAAGAUGUAUUCACAAAUGAAGCCACCAAGACAGUCAGAAAAAGCUGAAGUGGAGAAAAAUCUUCAACGUAUACUGGAAAUGCAACAAAAUACCGGCAAAAUUUAA